AUGUCUCCGAAUAUUCCGUCGAUUCCCGUCUCCAUUGCACCCACAGCAUCCGAGCUGGAGAAUGGUGAACUCGGACAACGCAAUCUCGAGAUAGCGAUCCGAGCUCUCUUCCGUGACGGCCUUGUAGUGUUGGAAAACAUGGUUGACCAUGCAGUUCUGGAUAGACUGAACAAGAAGAUGGUCGAGGAUGCCUACGAACUUCAGGCAAGGGAGGACAGUCCUUUCAAUUACAACAAAGGCAACAUUCAGCAGGAUCCUCCCAUGACUAAGGAAUGGUUCAGCAAAGAUAUCUACGUCAACCCAAUCGUUACUCAUGUCACAUCCACUAUGUUGGGCCCUAAGCCGUCGUUGCGCUUUGUGUCCGGAAAUACUGCUCUACCUCCAACAGCGUCGUCGCCACCUGCCUCCCAACCAACCCACAAUGACGCUGAUUUUGAUCAUCCAUCAAUUCCGUUUGCUCUAGUCGUCAACGUCCCUCUGGUGACCAUGACUCCGGAGAAUGGGUCAACAGAGGUCUGGCUUGGAACUCACGACGGUACUACUCUUGCCGAUCAAGAGGGCGAACACGGUGACCGUGCCAGUGGAAGAAUCAAGAAGCAUCUGCUCGACGCUCGCAGGGAGGUCAGACCACCAACGCAGCCAGUAGUCAAGAAAGGGAGUAUCAUCAUCCGCGACUUGAGACUCUGGCACGGAGGCAAGCCCAAUCUUACACAAACCCCAAGAGUGAUGCUCGCAAUGAUACACUUUGCGCCCUGGUACCGUAAUCAGAUGCAAGUAGAGUUUGCGGAAGAGCUGGAAGAGGAACUUUCGCUCGAGAAGACAGGACUGCGGGUUGCCGGCACAUACGUUCCAAGUGAGCAGUUGCUGAAAAACUACUUGAAUCGGCCUUAUGGCAACGCGUAUGACUUCAACCAGACGGAGAAGAUCGAAGGUGUUUUCUAA